AAACAAUACAUUAUAAUAUAAUAAAAUUUAUUCUGCGAUUCUCUGCUAAUUUUCAUACUUUAUAAUUACAAAAAUGUGCCGUGUUGAAUUUAUUGCUUUCUUGAACGUAUCUCAUCAGUUUUAUUGAUCGUAUAAGUGCUUUAUUUGUGUUGAAUUGAGUGUGGUUAUUCAUAACAGUACAUAGGAUACAUGGGAAAAAGGAUUUUCGGGCGAGACCAAUGCUUUUCAAGGAAAAAGGAUUUUAAGAAUUUAAUUUUAGUGGAGAACUUGAUAUCAAAAUGGCAGUCAAGAAGCAUAAACUAGGUGCGGACCAUCAGAAGCAGAUUGACUUGAUGGCAUUGGCAAAGUAUUUGCAGUUGUUAAAUGAACAACAAAAUUAUAUUCCUCAAGCGCCAGAGAUGAUGCAAAACUGUCAGGAUAUCUUGAAAUGUCUUGCUCGUACUUCUGGUAAUGAAGAUGAGUUGUGGCAAUUGCUGCAACCAAUUGAAGAGUUUUUGCUGCGUGUCGUAAGAAAUGCAGACUGUGUCAUAGCAAUUUUGGAUAAAUUCUAUGCCUACAUUUCUGACCCACAGUCAGUAAUUUAUCCUCCUAUUGCGGAUGUUCUGGUGGUGAUUGAGGGUGCUGAUGAGGAGUCAAUACUCAUGGCGGCCAAGUGGGUUGUGAAGCAGAGGAAGGAUGAGCCUACCGGCACUAAUCACACAGUGGCACUGUCCCGAUUAUAUUUAUGGCUGUGCAACUGGCAUGGCACGCCGGCCCUUGGCAAUUGGAUAUUGGCCUACAUCAAAGCACUAGAAGAGAGCCAGCGGUUCAACAUUCUGAUUGAAGCGAGUCUCGAGCAGGUCGGGAAUCUGUUCCUGGCUCUGGGUGAUAUGCUUGUCUUCCACCAGAGCUACGUCAGAGUGACCCUCCAUGUUUUGGAGUCGCUGAGGGAAUCUGCAGAGGCGUUUGAUAAGAUCUCACCAUAUAUUGAGCGUGUUCUGGUAAACUUGGCAUCUGACAGUGAGCAAUGGAGUCGUGAGUUACUUCAGAAAUUGGUUGAUAUCCUGACGGCCAUGGUCGACUGCAUCAGCAACAGAAACACAGCUACAGAGCAGAUACAGUUCAGAAAUAGAUAUGCUACAGUUUUGAACUGUCUGGAGCUGCACAUUUCGUCGCGGACGAGCAGUUUCCUGCCGCCGUGGCGUGUGAACCCCGAUGACGCCACCAUAGUACCUAGCAGCACCCGCGCCCCACCCAUGAUUAAAGUUGGCCUCGUCAACUUGGGCAACACGUGCUAUAUGAAUAGCGUGCUACAAGCCCUCUUCGCUGCUAGGAAGUUCAGCGUACACGUGAUGAUGAACCUCCACGUUGGCGGAUAUUGGGCGAAGAUCGGCGAGCUGUUCGCCAAGAUGAUGUUCGGCAAGUCGCCAUCUGUGCCCCCCAUCGAUCUCUACGAUGCCAUCAAAAUGUCCGCGUUCUCGGGCAACCAACAGCACGACAGUUCUGAGUUCCUCUCACAUCUAUUUAACAGGCUGCGUGCUAGCGAGCACACUGCUAAGGAUAACGAUAACAACAACUAUAACAAUGGAACUGUGAGUGAUAGUAGCAGUGACUCCGAGCAAACCAAGCAACACGCCUUCGCAUCCGGGUCGAGGAAGAGACAUAACGACGGAGCCGAGAGCGGCGUUCCCAGGCGGCGGUAUAAAGUCAACUCGCAGAGCAUGUUGAGGAAUACGUUCGUCGAGGAAAUGUUCGGGGGGGCCCAACUGGCGCGCGUCGAAUGCAGCCACUGCCAGAACUGCGUGGUCUCCAGAGACGUGUUCUGUGAACUGCACCUGUCCUUCCCCGAGAAACUAAUGGACAAGACGCACAGUGUGCAGAGCUUGUUAGAGUUCUAUUGCACCACGGAGCGCAUGACGGGCGACAACAGAUUCCUAUGCACGGAAUGCGGUGAAUUGAGAGAUGCGGAUAGGAGCGUCCGUAUCGAUCAUUAUCCCAUACAUUUGGUGCUGGUGUUGAAGAAUUUCGAGUACGACGUGAAGAACUCUGUCCACACGAAGUUGAUGCACAACGUGGUCUGCGAUCUGAACAUAGUGAUGCCGGCACUUCGGUCGCAGAAGAAGGGCUCCUACAAUCUGUUCGCCGCCGUCAUUCACAACGGGAUAAACAUAGACUCUGGGCACUACUAUACCGUGGCUAAGAACGACACUUGGUACAGAUUCGACGACUCCCACGUCACACCUAUAGAUGAGUCGAAAUUAAACAAUCUUGGCUACGCCAGCACCCCCUAUAUUCUAUUCUAUAUACGAAGCGAUGUCGAGGAAGUCGAGUUGCCCACGCUAGAUCAAUUGCCGCAACGGCUACAGGACGCAGUUAACACAUACAACAAAUUCUAUCACAACCAUCGUUGAAAUUCUUCGGCUAGUUUUUUUUUGUUAUUUACCCCUUAUUUCAAUUUUUUCAAAUUGUAUAAGGGCUACAUGAAUGUCUUGUUAUUUUAUUUUUUUGUUAUUUAUACAAACCGCAUGCGAUUGAUCAGUCUUUUAUCUUGUUAUUUCUAAUUUUGUUAUUUUUACAAAAUGGAUCCGAUUCAUCAAUGAUCAGUCUUUGCUGCAUAUGACGUAAUCAUAAAUUUUGCGUAUACACUAUACAUAUAUAUAAACUGUACAUACUAGAGAUAAUUAUGAAAUUUAUAUUAUAUUAAACACUUGACAUUUUGUUAAAGUUUCCAAACUUAAGAGUGGCAACCCUAGUUUUCAUCGCAUCUUAUGUCUUUUUCCCUCCUUUACCUCCUAUAUAGCUAUCUAUCUCGCUCGCGACGAUCCCCACCAGGAUGAAGUGGUCGAGCUGCAAUGCCAUUUGUUCCUGACCUGUUCCUCAUUGGCGUCAAGUUUCCCAUCACGGGCGGUUCACUUCUGAUAAUUCGUAGUCAUAAUCAAAGUGCUACUGCAGGAUAUCGGUAAGAUUUCGUGACAUUGUCAAAAUAAUCACAAAAAGGAAUUGAUGUGGUGGUUAGAAAAUUGUCACCGGGAAUCGAUGAUUCAUGUUCCACCUCCAGACACUUUUUAACGACAGACGCGACGUAUACGCGUCAAACGUCGCGUGGGACGCUCAGCUCAGAACACAGUGUGUCAGGUCAGUGGACAGAUCGGAAGAAAAAUUUACAU